UCUAUUAUUAUUAUUAUUAUUAUUAUUAUUAUUAUAUAAAGAAGUGCUUUACAGAGCGAUUGAAUAAAAAGGACAAACAACUAACAGGAUAAAAGUGUGUGUGUGUGUGUGUGUGUGUGUGUGUGUGAUGUUAGUGCAGUCGGAAAGGCAGGAAAGCAGCAGGACUGGGCUGGCUUUAGCUCUGGAAUAAAUGAUUUCCAGGAAACCAGAGCUGUGACUUUAAACGAAAGUAAAACUGAUUUGUCGCUACGUGGUUUGCGUGCCUGUUUAUUUCAAAGGAAACAUUCGGGGGCAAGUGUACUGGAUACUAACUCAGGGGUGUAACAAGGAAUUUCAAUAGUCGUUUGUAAAACAACACAAAGCAAAACAAAACCCAGAGGAAAUGGUUAGGGAAAGAUCUGCUGGAUUGCGAUACAAUGGGUUGAAAAAUCAGGGUGCAACCUGUUACCUGAACUCUGUACUGCAGUGUCUCUACAUGACUGAAGAUUUCCGCAGAGAAGUAGAAAACUUUAGAAGAGAUCCACUAAACCCUGAUGAAGAAAGUGCUGAUUUGAUGCAAGAAUUGCAAAAACUCUUUAAAAGCCUAAAAGAAGGUGCUGGGACAACUGAAGGGAUAACUCGAUGUUUGCGCAUCAGUAAUGUCCGUGAACAGCAGGAUGCAGUGGAAUACUAUCAGAAAACUCUAAAAGCAAUUGGACCAGAAGUGUCCAAGGUGGGAUUAUUUUCUUCAAAGAUAUUUAAAGGGGAAAUGAGCAACAAAACUAGAUGUCAAAAUAACCACACAUUUCAAGAGAAGUGUCCCUUUUUCCUGAUCCCUUUAUCCAUAGAAGUUGAACCCAGUGAGCUGUUCAGUGUGAAUAAGGGAUUAGAGAACUUUUUUAAAAAGGUCAAGUUUGAUGAAGACAACUUGGUGUACUGUGACCACUGUGACCAAAAAGCUGAAGCUGAGACCUGGACUGAAAUUGAGGAGAUUCCUAAUAUCCUGACUCUGAACCUGAAGAGGUUUCAUUUUGACUACUAUCAGAUGAAGCUUGUAAAGAAUCACUGUCCCAUUGUCAUUCCCAUGCAACUGCUGCUAAAGAAUUAUGAAUAUGAGCUUUAUGCAGUUAUUAACCACAUAGGGGAACAAACUGGAGGGCACUACAAUGCUGUCAUCAGAUCCUUUGAUGACAAUGAGUGGUACUGUUUUGAUGACUCUUUUGUCCAGAAGGUUUCAGAGAAGCCUAUCCACCAAAUCAAGUCAGAUCUGGCCUUUUUACUCAUGUACAAAAAAAAAGUGGAUGUGCCUCAUGCUAAUGAGUCUACCAAAUCUACUAAUGAUGAGCCCCUUCAAGGCUCUGAGCUACAGGAGCCAGAGUCACUUGUAGAGCAUCAAUCUGAGAAGUCUGACACUGCACAACAAGAGAUAAAGACCAAGGAACUUGCAUCCCAAGAUGCUGUGGUAACCCUUGAUGAGGUGGGUGGUAAAGAUGGAGAUUUUAAUGAGGAAGAGCUUCUGAAAUGCCAGGCUGGUAAGGAUCCUGAAGCACUAUUAACUGUCGAUCAGGUGGGAAGUAAUGAAGUGAAAGCUGUGGAGGAACAGCUGGAGAAAGCACAUCAGGGCCUGAACACUCUUGAUGAAAUUGUUGAGAAGGAAGAUGAGGAUGAUGUAGGCUCUAUUAACCCUAAGACUCUUGCUAUAACAGUGAAUGAAGUGGGUGAGGAAGAGGAGGAAAAGAAAGAGCAGUUGCUAGAACAGAAGGUGGAGGAGGAGAAACCCGUCACCAGGAGGGGUGGAAGGGCUAAGAGGAGAUCUCGGCGGGCAACAGUGAGGAAGUCUACUCGAGGGAAGAAGGGGAAGUCUAGUAACCAGGGAGCGCAGGUGGCCAAGUGGUUAGAGUGCUUGACCGCUAAGCGAAUGGUCCCUGGUUCGAGCCUCGGCUCGACGGGGAUCUGGGGCUCGCUCCCUGUCCACCCAGCAGUGAAUGGGGACCUGGUGGAAACACUGGGGAAGUUAAAGGUGGCGAGGAAAGGAAAUGGCCACCCUACCUCACUAUGCCGAUGGCCCAGGACAAAUGCGCUCUCUAACAGGCACUCCCCCAAUGUACGAAUCGUAUAUGGGACCCCCCUUUGCUUUGCUAGUAACCAGGUAGAAGAACUCCCUGAGAACACCCCAGGGGAAGAACCAACUUCUGCUGAAAAUAUGCCACCCUCAGUCACAAAUCCAGUAGACAUAACCAUCAAACCAGAAGAAGAAAAUUUGAAAGCAGAGGUAACUUCAGCCUCACCAAUCACCGAGAUUGCUAGAACGGAGGAAGAGAAGCCUAAUAUCAAACAGGAAGAUGAAGUCACAGUCAAGGAGAGUACUGCUGCUGGAGCUACAGCUGAAAAAAGAGCAGCAAUAAAGGAAUCUAAACGGAGGCAUGAGGAUGAGCUAAAUCAUGAGACAGAAACUAAUAAGCCUUGUCCAGAGCCCUCCACAACUGACACUCUUCCUCCCUUUAGCCCAAAUAACCCUAUUGAAAUACUAUGAGAAGCUCAAGGCUCAGCAGACUCAAAGUGGCUCAGCUCAGACACCAUCCGCUAACAAUUCAUCUGAUUAAAUGGAUCAAUUGGUUAUAUAUUUUACUUUGUGCUAAUUCUGGGUCCAAUGUUUUGUUGUCAAGAAAUAUAGAUUUGUUUUUGUUUGCUGAAUGCUUAGGUUCAUACUGAAAACUUGAUUCAACCUGAGAAGUAAUUAAUUCAUUUAGACGUUACACAAAACAAAUAAGCAUUUUAGUAAAUGCAUUAUUUCACUUAAUUCACACUUUAAGUCAAUUAGCAAAUGUGAGAGAGGCCUUCAGUUGCUUAGAAGUUACCCUGGGGUCCUUUGUGACCUCGCCGACUAUUACAUGCCUUGGUCUUGGAGUGAUCUUUGUUGGUCGACCACUCCUGGGAAGAGUAACAAUGGUUUUGAAUUUCUUCCAUUUGUACACAAUCUGUCUGACUGUGGUGUUGGUGGAGUGGAGUCCAAACUCUUUAGAAAUGGUUUUGUAACCUUUUCCAGCCUGAUGAGCAUCAACAACGCUUUUUCUGAGGUCCUCAGAAAUCUCCUUUGUUUGUGCCAUGAUACACUUCCACAAACGUGUUGUGAAGAUCAGACUUUGAUAGAUCCCUUUUCUUUAAAUUAAACAGGGUACCCACCCACACCUGAUUGUCAUCCCACUGACUGAAAACACCUGACUCUAAUUUCACCUUCAAAUAAACUGCUAAUCCUAGAUGUUCACAUACUUUUGCCACUCACAGAUAUGUAAUAUUGGAUCAUUUUCCUCAAUAAAUAAAUGACCAAGUAUAAUA